UUCCUUCUAGUACUCCAAAUCAAUCUGCUGCCUCCCACAUCUCACCGGCCCCCACUCUACAGUCUCUACUCACUAAAAAUGCACUCGCCUUGCUACAUAGAACCACCACCGCCGCCGCCUCCUAUGUUCCUCUCAUCUCCGAUACCCACGGCGCCACCAGAACCACUUGAUCUAGAAUUCAGUCAUCAUCAACCCAUACCCAUCGGCAUCCCAAUAAAUACCCUGCCUGUGUGUCCAAUUCAACCUCUGCUCCCCUGGUCUACUGGCCUCUGUGACUGCUGUGCUGACGUUGCUAAUUGUUGCAUCACAUGUUGGUUUCCAUGCAUUACGUUCGGCCAGAUGGCUGAGAUUAUUGACAAGGGAUCAGUUUCCUGUGGAACAAGCGCCCUGAUUUACCAAGUUAUGGCUUUGACCACUGGUUGUGCCUGCAUGUACUCCUGCUUCUACCGGAGGAAGCUGAGGCAGCAAUACUUGUUGCAGGAGAGUCCUUGUGAUGAUUGUCUGGUUCACUUCUGUUGCGAGCCAUGCGCCUUGUGUCAAGAGUACAGAGAGCUCAAGAACCGUGGAUUCAACAUGUCCAUAGGAUGGCAUGCUAACGUGGAAUGGCAAAAUCGUGGAAUAACAAUGGCUCCAAUGGUGCAAGGAGGCAUGAUCCGAUAGACUGAACAACAUAUGUACUUUAACUAUAUA